AUGCAGGUGUUUGAAAAUCCGGCUUUGCUGACGUUGUUCCCACACGUCUUACAGCUGUCCCUGGAAAAGGUGGUCAGAGGGAACCUCACCUGCAAGGUUACCAACACAGGUAACUACUCCUGCAAGGCUACAGUGGAUGAGUCAUCAAGGGAGAUGCCUUUCUCCAUGCAGGUGUUUGAAAAUCCGACUGUGACGUUGUUCCCGUCUUCGCUGUCCCUGGAGAAAGGUGGUCAGAGGAACCUCACCUGCAAGGUUACCAACACAGUGAACAUCACAGGGAAGUGCAACCAGACGGACCAGACGUACAUCAGUGGCGAAACAGCGGUAGAGGUCAAACUGUAUCUUUCAACCUUCAGAAAUCUCGCUGUUACCUGCCAGAAAGGAGAUGCCUUGAUCUCAUCUUCUGACAGAAUACUCUACCAAACUCGACGUCAACCUGACUCGAUUUCUGUUCAGCUAAAAUUUACGCCAAUCUUGCGCCGCGAUAGAGGUAACUACUCCUGCAAGGCUACAGUGGAUGAGUCAUCAAAGGAGAUACCUUUCUCCAUGCAGGUGUUUGAAAAUCCGACUGUGACGUUGUUCCCGUCUUCGCUGUCCCUGGAGAAAGGUGGUCAGAGGAACCUCACCUGCAAGGUUACCAACACAGGUGCUGUGAAGACGAUCCCUGCAAGUCUGGGUUGGUGCCACCCAGGUGGAUUCAUCAUAGACAAAUCGAAAAUCGUGAGUGAGGAGAGAGAAGGGAUGGAGAGGCUGAUGCUGAACUCGGUUGACGCAUCUGGAGACUACAUGUGUGGUGUCACCAACUGCACAGAAAGAGCAACGCUUGUUAUCAUCAAGCCAAAAGAAAAGGUGUCCCGAAAUCACAGACUCCAGAGGAACAGAGUGGCCUCAGACCGUCGGAAAUACGACCAUAGUGCUGCUCUGUCCUGGGGAUUUCUAGGUAACGUUCGACGUGUUUGUGACAUCACCGGUGAGUGGGAAGAACUGAACUACAUAACCUGCGUGAGGGAAGAGAUAGCCCAAUUAGAGGAAGAGGUAGCUUCGAUCAGCGAAGGAGUUGCGUCCAGUGAAGCUGUCAAGAAUGUGCUGGGGAAGCUACAGGAGGUUACCAAGGUCAACGACUCCUCUGCAGGAGAUCUGGACAAAUCCAUUGAUCUUGUGGACACGCUGGUCAGUGCAGUGAGCAAAUCAGCUUUACCAAUUGUAGUGGACACUGAUACAGCACAGUCCUUUGUUAAUGUGGUUGACAACAUCCUGUCUGUUGAUACCAGUAAAGAGGACUGGCAGCAAGUUCAGAAAAGCAAUGCAACAAAGGCGUCGUCUUUGAUGAGAGCAGUGACGUCCUUUGGGUUGGCUGCUGCAGCAUCACAGACGGUGAACGAACCUCUGACUAUAAACAGUUCAACCAUGGUGAUGGAGGUUGCGAAGGUUAAGGAGCAAGACAUCAACUUUCCUACAAGAAACCUCGAGGGGGUGAAGAGUUCUUUAAGACUUUCUCAGGAAAACUAUGAUCCCGAAGAAAACGUCACAUACGUUGCAGCCUAUUAUGGAACUAUGACCCAGUUUCUACAGAGAAAUAACUCCGGAGAUGACAAGUCAACACAGAAAGAGACACGAUCUAAGAUUCUAUCACUUGCUGUCCACGCUGGCGGUAAACGACUUGCAAAGCUUAACAUGGAUGUAACGCUUACUUUCUACCAUGAACAGGUCGACGAUGCAGAACUAGAAUGUGGAUAUUGGAACUUUGAUAAAGGUUCCUGGAAGACGGAUGGGUGCAAGAGAAGUCACAUAAACAGUUCCUUCUCAAGAUGUGAUUGUGAUCACUUGACUAACUUCGCUAUUCUGAUGAGUCCAACACGAGUCGUGUCUGACGAAAACCUGCGACUCCUGAAGAUCAUCUCCAUAGUCGGCUGUUCCUUGUCUAUCCUGGGCUGCUUGGUGACAGUACUGACACACGCGUGUUUGUGGAGGAGUGUUCGCUCUACUAAGUCCGUCAUCCUGGUGAACCUUUGUGUUGCGUUGACAUUGGCCUACAUCGUCUUCCUGGCUGGCGUGGAGAGAACGGAAAACAAGGCCGUGUGUACUGCAGUGGCGGCCAUUUUGCACUACUUGUUCCUGGCCAUCUUCUGUCUGAUGUUUGCCCAGGGGAUUGACAUGGCCAGACAGGUAGUAACUGUGUCAAGGAGGAGUUCAAGACUGGAGGUUGUCCUCGCUCUAUCCUGGGGUGUGCCGGCAGUUAUAGUCGGUAUUACCCUGGGGGUCACCAAGCUGGAGGGAUAUGGAAAUGACCAGUACUGCUGGUUGACGGUGGAGGAUGGGGUUCUGUACGCCCUUGCUGGACCAGCCCUCUUCGUCAUACUUGCUAACACCGUGCUUAUCGUCGUCAUCAUGCGGGUGCUGUUUUCAACCAAAAUGAUGAUCAGUAAAGGAAACAGAGAGAGGUUCAUGAUAAGUUUUCGGAGCCUCUGUGUUCUGAUGCCUGUUCUCGGAGUCACGUGGGUGUUUGGUAUUCUGGCAUUCAACGAAGACACAGUCGUCUUUCAAUACCUCUUUGCAAUCUUCAAUUCGUCGCAGGGUUUCCUGAUUUUUGUGAUGCACUGCAUUUUGAACACUAAGAUUCUUGCUGGAUUGAGAACGGUUAUGCUGCGCUACAUAUCCCAGAUGUAUGAGUCCUUUGAGAGCAAGGACAGAAGUAAGCAAACAAGGUCCGACAAAAUCUCAGACUUUACAAGCGACCGUGGAGACCUCACUGAAGGCACAUCAACGAUGGGUGUGGAACUGACAUCACAGAGCAGUACUACCAACCCGACCAGCUCCGGAAUCGAGAUGAGUGGACCCAGUCAGGAUUGUUCUCUGAUUUCUGAAGAGAAUACGAAGGACCCUUUGAACAAGACCAUACCAAACUUUGGCCGGGACAAACUGAUGAAAUUUUGAUCGAUGUCACCAACACUACCAAGAUAUAAACGCUUUCCGCUUUGAUAUAUUUGAUAAUAUUUGAUACGAUCUUAGAUGCAAGUUGUAGAAUGUGGCUUUUCUUUCAUACUUUAUGAAAUUUUCACAAAAAAUAUUUUGUAUUGUGCUUUAAAACUCUGAUGUUCAGAAUAUUUUAGAAUUAUUAUAGAGAGGUCCUCCAUUACCCAUCACUGCCCACGGCUUAUCUAUACUUGACAAAGACAAAAUUGUGGAGGUCUUAAAUUAUUAUAGAGGGGUUCUCCAUUACCCAUCACAGACCACGGCUUAUCUAUACUUGACAAAGACAACAUUGUGGACCAGAUCAAUGACAGAAUGAUACUUGCAGCUAUGAUUUCAUAUAGAAAUCACCAUCAUAUUAAGUUAUUGUGAAAAAAGAUGUCUUCUUUUGAAAGUGGCUAAUUACAAUGCGUCCCUUUUCACCCAGCACUUAAUGGGUACUGUGAUCCUUGCUAUCGUGUUAUAGAUAAAGCCGUAGUCCGGAAGGCUUCGUGUCAUGUCGUCUUUCUACUCGCAAUGAGCCGAUUCAUAACAAGAACUUCAUACAUAUUAUUCUAUUUAUCUAAUCUAUGACAGACCACCAAGCCACCCCUCUCUCUCUCACCCUCACACACUCGCACACACAUACGUACAUACACAUACAAUUUGGUGUCUAUUAAUCUACCUUGGCUGUACUGUAAUUGAUGCCUUCUAUCUGAAAUAUACACUCCACGACGAAGUUCACGUUGACUGAAUGACUACAAUACCUGUAAUAGUCUCCACUGGAUAAAGAGAAUGGAAUGCAGCUGGCCCUCUUCGUCUCUCUCGCGCGCGCGCACGCACGCACACACACACAUUAUUUCAACAUGAUACACUAUUUCUUUUUUGCAUAAUUAUCCUUUGUUUACAUUUGUCGUAUGGUUCCACUUGCUGCCAUUGAUGUCCCAAACGAGAGCUAGCAAUACGGUCACUUCCAUAUGUCAGUUUAUGUUGCCAUGCACUUCACUGUCACACUUGUAGUUAACUUCUUUGAGAGGCAUUUUAGAAGUUGUAUAGAACAAGGAAAACCAAGUUCUAUGGAUAGUCAACUUCUUUAUUGCGAUGACUGCGACGUAAUUGGUGUAGGUACUAAGACCGUUAUCAAGCAAGUGACAUCACUUGUAGUUGUAUACCUAUGAGAUGAUAAUGCAACACAACACCGAAAGGCUCAGAUUUGGCCUGUAUGUUCUGAUUUCAGAAAGAGUGCAUUUGUUUACAAACAUGGGAAAAGGUUGGUCACAUGAUAUGCAAAUUGCACUGGAGUGUGCUGCGAUCUGUCAUCGGGGGUAGUCUGACCAAUCCUCUUCACCAGGAGAUACUGUUCUUCCUCAGAGACUUCUUUCCACUGACGUAAUAUUUCUUUAGACAUAUUUAGAACCUUUAGAUCAUGAACUAUGCACUGACAUGUUAUAAUCACUUUUAUCGGUUUUCUGCAAUUAAACUUUGUUAUGCA